AUGUCUCUCCCCGCUGGUACUAACCAGGCAGCAAUCUGGAAGCUGUCGGACCCUGGAAACCCUGAACCUGCCAAGCAGACUUUGUUACCUAACGAUGGUAGUCGGAGCGGAGAGUCGGUUUUUGACCCGGAUAAGCGGAUUCCAGUCGAUCCGGCCGAUUUCCAGGAUGGUGGAAAGUACCGCUGUCACUCCAUCUGGCAAAUAGGGACCGGCUGGCUCAUCCGCCCUGACCUCGUCGUCACGGGUGGCGAUGUUGUGUAUUCCACGAGCCAAAACCUCGGUGCGUGCACGCAGAUGAAGUGCUACAUCGGUUACAACGGGCGUGAGUCGAUCAAGAAUCCCUGGGUGCAGAGCCGACAUGGCGUCAAUGUCGCCACGACGGCCAAGUGGCUCGAGACGGAUCAAAACCGCUCGCGCGACGUGGCAUUUAUCCAAAUAAAUCGCCCGUUUGAGGGGAACCUCGGCACUUUCAAGUUCGAGGCCACACCUCUGUCAGGCGAGAACGUCAAACUCGGUAUUGUCGGGUAUCCCGGCGACAAGACCUUCAGUGAUGAAGCCGGCGGGCGGAUGUACGCCGAGUUCGCCAAUACCAGCUACGAUCUCAGCGAGAGCCCUGGCAACUUGCUCGACUACAGGAUCUCGACAUUUGGGGGGCAAAACGGCGCUCCCAUUUUACGAAACGAUAAUGGCCGGCUUGUUUCUAUUGGCACCCACUGCUAUAGUGACGGCGAACAGUGUAACUCGGGCACCUCCAUUGACAACAAGUACGGAAAUGACUAUGGCAGUUACAUUGGCUUGUUUGAUGAUCCGUCAACCUUUGGAAACCAAGUACAGGUGGUCAACAUGUCAUCUUAA